AUGCUUGGUCUAUCUGUUGUGCGUAGAGAAGGUGCUGGAAGGCUUGCAAAGGAACUUGGGUUAGAUGUUAUGAUAGGGAUCAGGGAUAGUAGAAGGCAGUGCUUAGUGCAGUUAGUGUUGACUACUGCCUUCAAUACCUUUCAUUAUGAGCUGCGCUCUCAGUUCAUGGUGGGAUAUUGUUUCCCAUUUCCAGAAGACUGA